UUUGCGCUGCUCGCACAGCAGGACUCCAGCUGGACCUUCCAGGCAACCAUGAUGAAUACGACAGUGCUGGGUGUCACCAUUGAGCCGGAUCAGGCUAAGGCCGUGGGUCCGAUCUUCCUCUUCAUGCUCAUUCCACUUUGGCAAUAUGUGACCGUUCCACUUUUGCGGCGACUGUUCCAUUGGGAGCUGAAGCCGCUGCACAGCGUCACCCUUGGCGGCAUAUGUUCAGCUGCUGCCUUUCUCUGCGCCGGCAUUCUACAAGAUCGCAUUAUGCAAUCGCCUAGUCAGAGCAUCAACAUUGUCUGGCAGCUGCCUCAGUUCCUGCUGCUUAUGAUGGGCGAAUUGCUGUUGUCCAUUCCGGGGCUGCAGUUCGCCUUCACCCAGGCGCCAUCAUCCAUGAAGUCUGUGGUCACAGCCGCAUGGUUCUUAAACAAUGCCUUUGGCAAUCUCAUCGUGGUGAUAAUUACCCAACUUGAUGCUCUGAGCUCCCAAAAGGCCGAGUAUUUGUUCUACGCCGUGCUAAUGCUGGUCUGCAUUAUCAUUUUUACCCUGCUGGCCUACGAGUAUGGACUGCAGGAGCUCAAGAGCGACAUGCAGACAGGAGAUUUGGUUGUUCUGCUGCCCAACGCGACGGACAAUGUUCCCAGCCCAAGUAGCCGGAGCGGAAGUGUGUAGAAUUGUCUAAAAAGGUACAUCUAAAAGUAU